AUGGCAGAAAGCAAUCACAAGGACCAAAAGCCAAUUUCUUACGAUAAAUCUAAUAAACUUAUAUAUUCAUCGUCAUCUUCUUCUUCUUCGCCUUGCUCCUUCACGGCGAUCAUCCUCCUCCUCAUAUUUCUCUCGUAUUUCCUAUACUCAUUCAGUUUCAUAUCGUUUCUAAACCCGUAUUCUCCUUCUAAAAUCCCCAAUACUCUCCUCGUACCCGUAAUCCGACUCGGGUCGGGUCAGAAACCAACAGAGGAGAAAACAGAGCUUAAGCACAUCGUAUUCGGAAUCGCCGCCUCCUCGAAUCUGUGGAAGCGUCGGAGAGAAUACGUGAAAACAUGGUGGAGACCCAACGGAGAGAUGAAAGGCGCCGUUUGGCUCGACAAGCCCGUAAACGACACCGUUUCUUCACAUUCCUCCGCCUUAUUGCCCGAGAUCAAAAUCUCCUCCGACACGUCGAGCUUCAAGUACCGUUACCGUAACGGACACAGAUCAGCGAUCAGGAUCACGAGGAUCGUGUCGGAGACGGUGAGGAUGUUAAACGGAACUGAAUCUGAGAGAAACGUGAGGUGGGUGGUGAUGGGUGACGACGACACGGUGUUUUUCCCGGAGAAUCUGGUGAGGGUCUUGAGAAAAUACGAUCACAAGCAGUUCUAUUACAUCGGAGCUCCGUCGGAGAGUCAUCUCCAGAAUCUGCAUCAGUUCUCGUACGGGAUGGCUUACGGUGGAGGCGGGUUCGCGAUAAGCUAUCCACUGGCCAAAGUGUUGGAGAAGAUGCAAGAUCGCUGCAUUGAGAGGUACUCUGAUCUCUACGGUUCCGAUGAUCGGAUCCAUGCUUGUAUGGCCGAGCUUGGUGUUCCUCUCACCAGAGAAGUUGGAUUUCACCAGUUUGAUGUAUAUGGGAAUCUGUUGGGACUAUUAUCAGUGCAUCCGCAAGCUCCAAUAGUGUCGAUUCAUCACCUAGACGUAGUAGAGCCCAUAUUCCCGAAAACAAGCCGUGUCAAGGCCAUCAAGAGGCUGAUGAUCCCAGCGAAACUUGAUUCAGCAAGCCUCGUCCAACAGUCGAUAUGUUACGACACAAGCAGGCAGUGGACAAUGUCAAUAUCGUGGGGUUACACGGUCCAUAUCACGCGUACGUAUAUGCCAGCUAGGAUGAUGGAAGUGCCCACUCGCACUUUCAACGACUGGCACAAACGCCACGAUUUCACCAAUCUUGCUUUCAACACACGUCCCGUGACCUACACUGAUUGCCAGCGCCCGCGUGUGUUUUUUAUGUCUCAUGUGCUCAAUGACUCUUCUUCUGGCUCAACGGUUAGUGUGUAUCUGAGGCACAACGAGUGGAAUCCUAAAUGCGAUUGGGGUAUCCCUGAUCCUUCUGAUAUCAAUCGGAUCUUCGUCUACAAAAAACCCGACCCGGAUAGGUGGAAUAAGGCUCCAAGGAGAGAUUGUUGUAGAUUACUGCCUACAACAAACAAGGGAGCUAUGGUGAUCAAUGUGACAGCUUGUGCACAUGACGAAAUUGUUGCUUAUUCUGAGAAAUAG